GGUACAUAGAAUGUUUUAAAUCAACAAUUACACUGUCAGAAGCGAGAAAACGCACACAAAUUAAAUGAGUUUUCAAUAUUUUAAUAAGCAUAAAUUUACACCUUUAUAAAUGGCAUACGUAUCUCAGAAACAUCUGGCACUUUGUUAGACCAACACAGUAGCGGUUUUGGAAACAAUGUUUGUGAAGAAUCAUUGGCUCAUUGUGAUGGUAGUGGCAACUGGAAUAUGUGUGGUUUCUUCGAUAACCAGAAAACAAAUGAAAAAUACAAGUAAAAUUAUGAAAAAAUCUUGUAUGCCGAAAAACAACGUAACGGAAGAUCAAGUUGGUAACAUAGAACAAGGAGAGUUUCUUGAGGAAAGAAAAGUAAUGUGCUACAUAAAGUGUAUUUACGCAAUGGGUGGGGCCAUAAAAAACGAUAAAUUUGUGUACGAUGCAAUGAUCAAGCAUGUCAACUUGGUGUUUCCUCCAGAAAUUAAGGAGCCAACCUUAGCCGCAAUAAACCAGUGUAGAGAUGUUGAUAAACAAUACGCCGACAGUUGUGAAGCAGCGUAUUGGGUGGCCAAGUGUAUGUACGAAUACGGACCUGAACAAUUCUUUUUUCCUUGAAAACUAGUUCAAAAGAAGAGAAUAGUAAUAGCGUGGAUAUGGAUUAAUGGUUAGAGUUAAAUUAGGAUAAAAUACAUUUUAUUGAACUACCGAA